AUGUCUGGAAAAGUGAUUGAACCUCCUAGUCCCUACACCAGCUUGGAGACUCAGGAUGGCUAUUUUUCCCACCGACCGAAAGAGAAAAUGCGAACAGACAGCAAUAAUGAAAAUUCGGUCCCCAAGGACUUUGAAACUAUUGAUAACAGUAACUUUGCUCCCAGGACUCAGAGGCAAAAACCCCAGUCUGAGCUGGUGAAAAAACCCCUUAGCAAACAAAAGGAGCACUUGAGAAAGAAGCUGGAAGAGGAACGGAUGAAGGAGAACUUGCUGCUGGGGAAGAACUCCAACGAGGUGGUGCAGUUCAGCGAUCCCCUGGGAAAAAACAGCAGCAGCAGCAACACCCUGAAGGAGAUUGACAGGUUCCCCACGGAGCAUCUUUUACAAAAACUGGAGAUCAGCUCCCCUGAAGUGAAAUACGAGCAGCCCCCCAAGUGCGAGGUGACGGGCAAGGAGGCGAUCUCGGCCAUGUCCCGCGCCAAGUCCCCGCAGUGCCGCCAGGAGAUCGCCGACGUCUACUGCCAGCACAAGCUGGGCACGCUGAUGCCAGAGCAGGUGACACGCUUCUGUGCCCUGGAGGGAAAAGCCAACACCAAUGUUCAGUGGGAUGAGGACUCCGUAGAGUUCAUGCCAGCCCAGCCAGUCAGGAUCGCUUUUGUCUUGGUUGUUCAUGGCAGAGCUUCCCGGCAGCUCCAGCGCAUGUUUAAGGCUAUUUACCAUAAAGACCAUUUCUAUUACAUUCAUGUUGACAAGCGCUCCAACUACUUGCACAGGCAAGUGCUGCAGUUUGCCAGCCAGUACCCCAACGUGAGAGUCACCUCCUGGAGAAUGGCCACCAUCUGGGGAGGGGCAAGCCUGCUGACCACCUACCUGCAGACCAUGAAGGACUUGAUGGAGAUGAGUGACUGGCCCUGGGAUUUCUUCAUUAACCUCAGCGCUGCCGACUACCCAAUCAGGACCAACGAGCAGCUGGUGGCGUUCCUGUCCAGGUACCGCGACAUGAACUUCCUGAAGUCGCACGGGAGGGACAACGCAAGAUUUAUCAGGAAGCAGGGGCUGGACAGGCUGUUCCUGGAGUGUGACACGCACAUGUGGCGCCUGGGGGACCGCAAGAUCCCGGAGGGAAUCACGGUGGAUGGAGGCUCAGACUGGUUCCUGCUCAACAGGAAGUUUGUGGAAUAUGUCACCUUUUCCAAUGAUGAUCUGGUCACAAAGAUGAAGAGGUUUUACUCCUACACGCUGCUUCCUGCUGAGUCCUUCUUCCACACGGUGCUGGAGAACAGCCCCUUCUGUGACUCCAUGGUGGACAACAACCUGCGCAUCACCAACUGGAACAGGAAGCUGGGCUGCAAGUGCCAGUACAAGCACAUUGUGGACUGGUGUGGCUGCUCCCCCAAUGACUUCAAACCAGCAGACUUCCACCGCUUCCAGCAGACUGCCAGGCCCACCUUCUUCGCCCGCAAGUUUGAGGCGGUGGUGAACCAGGAGAUCAUCGGGCAGCUGGACUAUCACCUGUACGGGAACUACCCGCCGGGCACGCCGGGGCUGCGCUCCUACUGGGAGAACGUCUGGGAGGAGCCCGACGGGCUGGGCGCGCUCAGCGACGCCGCGCUCACCCUCUUCCACUCCUUCUCCCGCCUGGGGCUGCGCCGCGCCCAGAGCGCCCUGCACGCUGCGGGGGACAGCUGCAGAUACUACCCCAUGGGCCAUCCAGUUUCCAUCCACCUUUACUUCCUGGCUGACCGUUUCCAAGGCUUCCUGAUCAGGCACCAUGCAACCAACCUGGCUGGCAGCAAACUGGAAACUUUGGAAACGUGGGUGAUGCCCAAGAAAGUCUUCAAGAUUGCAAGUCCACCCAGCGAUUUUGGGAGGUUGCAGUUCUCAGAGAUUGGCACCGAGUGGGACGCCAAGGAAAGGCUUUUCCGGAAUUUUGGGGGGCUCCUUGGGCCGACAGAUGAGCCAGUUGGGAUGCAGAAAUGGGGGAAAGGCCCCAAUGUCACCGUGACUGUCAUUUGGGUGGAUCCCAUUAAUGUGAUUGCAGCAACAUACGAUAUUCUGAUUGAAUCCAGUGCCGAGUUUACUCACUACAAACCUCCUCUGAAUUUGCCCCUACGACCUGGUGUCUGGACAAUAAAAAUUCUGCACCACUGGGUACAGGUGGCUGAAACCAAAUUCCUCGUUACUCCUCUCGCCUUCUCAAAUCAGCAGCCUAUCAAACAAGAGGACGCCAUCAAGUUGCACAGCGGGCCUCCCAAGAACGCCUACAUGGAGCAGAGCUUCCAGGGCCUGAACCCGGUGCUGAACAUGCCGGUGAGCGCGGCCCGCGCCGAGCAGGCCCGGCGCAACGCGGCGCUGGUGGGGCCGCGCCUGGACGCCUGGGUGGACUCGCUGGCGGGCGGCGUCUGGUCGGCCGUGGAGGUGUGCAGCGUGGGGCCCUCGGGCUGCCCCGCGCUGCAGGGCUGCGCCCAGACCGCCUGGAGCUCCCUGAGCCCCGACCCCAAGGCCGAGCUGGGCCCCGUCAAACCCGACGGCCGCCUCAGGUAGCGCCCGCUUUAGAAGGGAACUGACCGAACCUCGCUCCUCUGUGAGUCUCGCACCAGGUUUCAGGAACCUAAGGGAAAGUUACUCGGUUUUUGUUUUU